CGGACAAAUACAGAUGAAGAUCCGAGUGAAGCGCAUCCACGGCGUUGCGACGUGGUCAUGGGGUGUCAAGAACGAAGGAUGCUGUAUCAUCUGCCAGAACCCAUUCGAGGCAUGCUGCCCGGAAUGCACCGUGCCGGGAGAUGGGUGUCCACCAGUCUUUGGACGAUGUGAACAUGCAUUGCACAUGCAUUGCUUGGUAAAAUGGCUCGAGUCACUCAAAGAUGCACAGCACAAGUGUCCCCUGUGUCGCGAGGAGUGGAAGUUUCGAGAAGCAUAAUGGAUUGUAUUCUUAUUGCA